AACAAUGUGGCCGAGGUAGCCUCCACCAAAAACACUCUUCUCAUUGAACCGUUGAUGGAUUUCUUCAAUAAAAUGCUGAGUCACUCAAGCAUUCAAAUCAGCUACUUCGCCGCUGGAAUCGUCUCCCACCUCGCUUGUCUUCCUGAUGAGGUGUGGAUCUCCGCCCUGCAGUACAAUAAAUCCGAGUUUAUUCGAGUGUUGGUGAGUUGCUCUCGGUUGCCUGUACUUACUACCUACUUGAAGCAUGAGUCGCUGUUGAAGGUGUCACGUCCUCCUCUCCUUUUCCCUUUUUGA